CACUAACCUCAAAAGGUUCUUUUCCCGGAGUGUGUUUCACUUAUUUACACGUGUUUCAGGAUGGCCCCUACCGAAACAAAGGCCGCCGCGCCGGCCAAGGUUGCCAAAAAAGUCCGAAAGGACCGUAAAAAGGUGCAGAAGGUCAACAAGUACCCGGCCAGUCUGCUCACGAGCGGAAUGUACCGUAUUGUACGCCGCAAAAUGAUCAAAACGCGCCUCCCGUACUCGUCGGAUGCCGAGAAGAAGACGAAGAAGCCCGUCACUGUUGUGAAGAAGAUUGGCGGUGCGAAGAACGGUGGCGAGCGUACGGUGCUGCUGCGUAAGAACAAGGCCGAUCUGCCAACGAAACGUUUCCCAAGCAAACCGACGACGAAGGCAUGCUUCCGCAACCACAAGCGCAACGUCCGCAAGUCGCUGAAACCGGGCAAGGUGCUGAUCCUGCUGGCUGGCCGCCAUAAGGGCAAGCGUGUGGUGCUGCUGAAGGUACUGCAGACGGGACUGCUGCUCGUGACCGGCCCGUUCCAGGUGAACGGUUGCCCGAUGCGCCGUAUCGCGCAGAACUACGUCAUCGCCACCGAUACGCGCAUCAAGCUGAAGGGCCUGAAGCUGCCGGAGCACAUCAACGACCGGUACUUCCGCCGCAUCCACCCGAAGAAGGACACACGUACCGAGCGAGACAUUUUCGCCCGCAAGGAGUUCAAGUACGUGCCGACCGAGCAGCGCAAGGCUGACCAGAAGGCCGUGGAUACUGCGGUGCUGACCGCUAUCAAGGGUCACAAGGACGGCAAGCUGAUCGUGCGCUACCUCAAGUCGAUGUUCUCGUUGCGCUCUAACAUGUUCCCGCACCGUAUGAAGUUCUAGAUUGUGUGUUUGUGUG